CGGAGACGCGGAAGCAGACGACGUUGGCGACGCUGCUGGAGUGGAUGUUGGCGACGUCGCGGUGGUUGGCGUUGGCGACGUCGUGGUUGCGGGCGGGUUGGCCCAGCGCGAGGCACUGAGGCCUCUGCUGAUGCCCGGAACGAACGCGGGAUUCGUUACGAUCGUUGGGGCUCCCUCGAAGAGAAUGGUGCGCGGGGGAGCCGGGACCGAGUUCGUGUCGUUUUCGUCAUCCUUGGACUGACGAGUGGAUGUGGGCGACGCUUCUGUAGUUGUUUUUUGCGACGCUGUUGGAGUUGUUUUUUGCGACGCUGUUUGAGUGGAUGUUGGCGACGCUGCCGAAAUGGAUGUUGGCGACGCUGCUGGAGUUGUUGCUUGCGACGCUUCUGGAGUUGAUGCUGGCGACGCUGGUGAAGUUAAUGCUGGCGACGCUGCUGGUGUUGUUUUUCGCGACGCUGCUGGACUUGUUGCUUGCGACGCUGCUGGAGUUGUUGCUUGCGACGCUUCUGGAGUCGAUGCUGGCGACGCUGAUGGAGUUGAUGCUGGCGACGCUGCUGGUGUUGUUUUUCGCGACGCUGCUGGACUUGUUGCUUGCGACGCUGAUGGAAUGGUGAUUGGCGACAUCGCGGUGGUCGACGUUGUGGUGUCAGGCGUUGGCGAUGACGCGGUUGCGGGCGGGUUGGCCCAGCGCGACGCGCUAAGGCCUCUGC